GCUCUGCUCCCCCGACGGCUCUGACGCAUCGCGUUUCACCGAAUGCCGUCGAACUAUGAACUCACCGGCGGUGGCUGAUGAUUCGUGUCGUUACGCUCCACUCCGUCUCACUCUAAAGGCGCUGUCACACUGGACCGACAUGACACUGACACUGACAUGGCGCCGACGGAAGACAGACGUUGUCACCAUACUUUGUAUUGCAAAGCACAGCUGUGACACUGCGCCGACCGACAGCGACAGACUCAAUUCAACAAAAUGUCGCUUCUGUAUGAUACAUUUGGAUGACAAAAUCGGAAGACAGACAAUGUCUGACGAUGUCAAUGGUUUGAUCGUUGCUCGAAGUAUACCGCCGACAACAGACACAUACUGCACGAAAAGGUUUUUUUUUUCCUUUUUUUUCAGGCAUAGAUUGUGGCUUGGCCUAUUCACGAAUGGUAUUAAAUGGUAGAAGUAUUUGCAUUUACUUAACAACAGCAACUAUUUUAAAAGCUUCCGUUAGCCUAAGUACGGGACAUGCAGGUCACCCGAUCACUGAGUAAUCCAGUCACACACUCGUAUCGGUAGCAUAAUUUAUUACAAACACUCUACUAGUUAUGCUGGAACAUGAAGUAUUGUAACAAACUCAGCUUGGAGGACAAGCUGGCUGGUUGAAGGAGAACAGUAAGACGGGAGAAAUUGAACUUGCGGUUGUGGAGUCCGAUUGUCCAGAAGUUUAACCUAGGAGUCCCCCGUCGGGUGGGGUAUCGAAGCGUACAUAGAAGAAUUAUGAGGUCACCACUCGGAGCACCGUUUACGAAUCCCAAAACGGAAUAGGGGUCCAUGAACGUAAACAACACACAUGUCAGCGCACACAAUCCCACUUCACCUGACGCAAUCGCCAAGGGCCGAAUACGCCACGGAAAGCGCAUUGCAAAGCCUUCCAAGGCGAACUGAAGCAGGGGAGACAUAGCGUCAAGGAAUGAGAUACACCUGCGUCUGUGUUGGUCUCGUAUGUUCGUGAUAAUGACUACCAAGUGUAAACAACGAGAAUUCGCCGUACUUUUCCCAAAAGGCUUAUUCGGGACGCCAUGUUGAAAGAAGGGACUUGUCGGUUGUCGCUGUCAUUCAGUGUGCCAAGCUUGUUUGUCAGGAGGGUCCGUCGGUAGCGGCAUUCGGCGACGGCCGACAUACGGAUGUCUGUGUCGACCGUCUUUUGUAUGUGCAGUGUGACUGGUUCGAGGACACGACGCCUUUGGAUGUCAGUCGACAGUUUCUGUAGAUUGUCGGCCCAGUGUGACACCGCCUUAAGCCACCCUUAACGAACAGAGCGAACGAGGAGGGAAGCAAAGGAUGAAAGUAUGGGAGGAGGAAAGCAGAGAGGAACGUACGGCGAUAGUGCGGAGAGCGCGAGGAGGAAAGUGAAGGAGGAGGGUGCUAGGAGAGGAGUCGAAGGAGCUGUUUAACUUUGUGCCCUUUAAACGUUUUCUUCCCCAGAACAUUGUAAGGCCAGUGUACAAAAGUAGUGUAGGAUACGCCAUUACCGCCUACGAAUUGUUUUGACCUGUUCAGGGGAUGUGGACUACUCGCAGUGCAGAGUGACUUCAAAUAUAUUUCCACUCACGCACUCGGUUGGGUCGCAAAAGACUGGUCUUCCUACAAGCGAGCAACAGAAAUGUACACCUUCAGGAUUGCAGCGGGUCCGUCUACAACAGAAGUUGUGACGGUACUGAUGCGUGUUGAACGGAAGAAACGGGAUACAUUGCUCGAACUCUGCUACAUGAGCUGCCCUGGACUUUGUCGUGUUUCCUUCCCCAUUAUCUAAGAGCCUGAGUAUAUGUGAUAGCACACAGAGGGACGACACCAAUACACGAGGACACAGUCUGUGUGUCAAGGCUCAGACUCUUACACAAUGGAGCUUCUCCACCUCCUUGACUGCAUAUGCGCCAUCUUGUCGUGUUUCUUUGCCCUGUGGUGCGGAAUUUAUCUCUUCAUCUCCAAAGGCAUGCCUUCGACGUCUGAAUUUGAUCUCGACUUGGAAAGGUCGCCACAGUGGGAAGACCUCAGGAAGAAAAUGCACGAAGCCAUUGCGGCGGAAGACGAGGCUCGUGUUCUAAAGUGCCUGGAUGCUGCACCUGCUUUGAAACUUUGGCUGGAUCCUGUGAAAGAAAAAUCAGCUCGUUACAGAGCUGUUAAAAAGAAAGCCAUCCGUAUACAUGGCCUCUUAGUCUCGCGUGGAUGUGGACUCAAGAACGACAAAGAAGCAUCGUAUUAUCAAUAUCUGACAGGCGUCCAUCGAGCUGAAAUUCGACGGCAACGAUACUACACCAAAGAAUGCAAAGAAUCCUACAUCUAUUACUUGAAAAGCAAAUCAAGGAGCCACGUCAGAUGUGAUGACCUCGAGGGGCGAUUGGAGAAGAUGUUCAGGGAACUUUCAACCGACCAAUUAAACGAGAAAAUAUUGAAAGUUGUUGCCACAGCACCGCAUCUGGAUAUACUAUUCGACUACAACAGUGAAAACGUUCAUGGGAUCACGGGGUGCAGCGGCAGCCGCGUUCUCGGACUUACUGAUUACGAAAAGCAAAGAAUUUCUAUCGGAGGCGGAGCAACGGAAGCCAAAGUCCGGGGCACGUUUAUUCACGAAUCAUGUCAUUUGGCACUUCAUCUGGUGUAUAAAAAUGAUGGCAAGCCAUAUUUCCGCGAAGAUACAGAAAUGGAACGGCGAUACAGAGCCAUUCUGGAUGACAUAAAAAAACGAAGAGAAAACGAUGUGGAUGUCUUGAUCCGACAAGCUUUGAUGAAAAAUAAAGAACAAGAAGCGAUUGUUCGCAUCCCACACAUACUAACUGAAUAUGGCAGCGAUCAUGGAAAUAGGGUUCUCGAAAAGGAGGUACCGGAACUACGAAAGUUUUUCGAGGAUACUGUCAUACCGGACAUGCAAAAAUACAUUCAAAAUGGAAUCCCGUCGAUAGAUGCGACAAUGAUAGAAAAGGUAAACGAGAGACUCAACAAAGCUUUCAACAUUGGCAAACUCAACGUCAAUUUCGAGAACCAACCGAAGAACAGUGCCUGGGAAAACGAGUUGCUUCACGUAGUUACGGGCCCAGAACUGAGGCUUCUCGAAAUAAUGGUUCACAACGCUGUGCAAUCUACGGGACUUCCGUACAUGUUUUUCGAUGCAAAACAGCUAGACUCCACACUGAAGGAUGUGUUACUAGACUACAAAUAUGCGUUUGUUCUUGUAACGGUCCAACAAAACAAGAACGUCCAAAAGAUGAUUCAGCUUUUCAGUGAAGUAUCCUGUGUCACUGGAUCAAAAGUCAUCUUGCUCGUGGAAGACAGCGACAAAGACUACUUGAUGGAACGAGUACAAGCAGAUACAUUCUUUAUGGAGAGGCACGAAGUUCACAGAAUCGACGAAGCAACCUUUGCGCAUGUCACGAAUAGCUGCAAAGAAGGGAUUUUCGAAAAUUCCCGCGUAAAACUUCAGGGCCAAGACGUUUCUAAGUUCUCGGACGCCACAAAUAUUGAUACCUUCUUACGUUGCGUUGACACUGCAGUUUUCCUAAAGCUAUGUGAGUCGGGGAACAUUGACCUGGGACCUCCUCUUCAUGAACUAGAAGAACGUGUUGAGAACUAUUACGUGAAAAGAGAGUGUAGAAGAGCCGUGGAAAUUAACUUGAAAGAAUGCAAUCUAGGCGACGACAGUGAGGCUUUCGCACUUCUGGGCUGUCCACACAAUCAGGUCGCAACACUUCUACCUCCCGGUUGUGAGGCAAAGGCCAAGAAGGAUUUAAAGAAUUUCGAGAAAUUCGUACUCGUCCACGAGCCAUGUGACUACGAAGCUCUCCUGGAAGAUGGUCAUUUCCGAAACAAAGUAGUGCACCUGCUAAAGUUCGACGAACCUCAUAAGAGACUCUUGUGGACCAAAUCAAAUGGUCGUCUCAGCCACCUUCCAAUGACGGGAAGUGAGAGUUACACCGAGGACGCGUUGUUGAAACUGAACGAGAAGGUUGUGUUGUCGAACGUAGAGGAGAAGGUUGUCAUUGUGUCUGGUGCACCAGGUAUGGGAAAGAGUACUCUAGCAAAGCGCUUGUGCACAGAAGUAAAAAAUCGAGAUACGAAGCGGUGGGUGAUGUACGUCGACCUUCCUCAGAGAAUGGCAUCUGUUAAAACAGCGUCGCCGAGUCAAGCGGAUAUGUGCAGAUAUCUAGCGGAUCUAUGCCAAGUACAAAAAGAUGGUCUGGAGUUCGCUUUGUUCGAGAAAAGUUUGAACGACGGAAGCCCUUUCGAGAUUGUCGUCAUCUUGGAUGCCUUCGAUGAAGUGAACGAGGAAUGCCGCAAGUGCGUCUCGGAGCUUACAUCGUUUCUAUCUGAAAAGAAAGCUUGCAAGAUAUAUAUGUUUACUCGCACUGUAUUUAAGUCCCAUGCACAAGAUGCUUUCCACACAGUGUCAUAUGAACUCCUUCCUUUUUCAGACGAAAAUCAGGUGGAGUUCAUUAGAAAAUAUGAGGGAACAGCUCAUUCAACCAAUGAAAAUAAUGGAGCCUCCGAGCUGUUCCAGCGACUGCACACGAACUUGAAGGAGACAAACAAGACAGUCCUAGAAACCCCUCUCCUGCUUCGUAUGAUCUUUGAAAUGAAGAAUGGGGAAAUUGCAGAGUCUGACGAUUACUCUUCGUUACUUAAACGUGCAAACAUAUCAGCCGAUAAGAAUAAGAACUUAUAUAUUGUACACGUGUACAAGUUGUUUGUGUGGUACAAGCACCUUGUAUUCAGAAUUGAAAAAAGAAAAGAAAAUCUCCGCCUACACGCCGUACAAGAGGAGAAUGACUCCGCAGCGCUUCAGUUUUACGAAAACCAUAAACUCCUCGCUAUGAAGUGUAUAUUCCCUCAGGAAACCUUGAAAUACUUAUUGAACAAAGACGAAUUAGAGAAUAUAGAGCCCGAAGGACGUUUAAUGAAGGACGCAGCUAAUAAUUGUCUCAAAGAAGGAUUUCUGAAUGGUCUGAACAACGGAAUUCCAGAGUUCGUUCAUAAGACAUUCGCUGAAUUCUUUGCAGCCGAUUACUUACUGAAGAAAGCGAAAGUAACAGAAAAUUUAGACCUGAGGGAUGUCAUUGUCAAUCUGUACCGUGAAGAAGAAUACAGCGGUGUAAUGAUGUUGUUCGACGCACUGGCAUCGGAGUCCUUUCCCCUUCACUCUGCUGUGAUGAACAAUAACGCUUCAUAUUUUGAGCAGCUCGAUAUCCAAAGAGAUGAUAUGCUGAAAGUCGAUGAGCUCGAAAGGACGCCAGUGCACUUAGGAGCCCUGCAUUCUGAUCAAGCAACAUUGAAGAAGCUUCCGAUGGAUGAUGAGCUAAUCACGAAGGAUUUGUUUCAACUGUCACCGUUUGGAUACGCAGAGCUGCGGUCUCCAUGGCACGCAAAAUACGCUGGAGAAUGGAUGCAAUGGUUGCGGACUCAGACUUCGGCUGCGGGAGACAGACUCAACGUGUUAUGCGCUCGAUGCAGUGAGGAAGCAGUGAAACGUUCUACCGAAAAUCUACGCACAUGUGAAACCUUGGAGCAGAAGAGACAUUCUCUUGAACGAGCAAUAUUCACGGCUGUGAUACACGACCUACAAGGUGUUUUAGACGUGUAUCUGAGCUAUGUGUCCCCGAGAGAGAGUACAGUAGAUCUAGACAGAGACACCAUGGACCAAUUAAAAUCACGCAAGGAACGAAGCUCGAGAUGUUCUGCAGGGUCUUCGGUAAUUGGAAACCUUGACAGUAUUACAGACAGUAGGAAUAGAACUUUCCCGUUUUACGCAAAGACCGAGGCUGUUUAUAAAAUGCUCCUUCCUUACUGCGAUAUGGGAAUUCUUGACAACGAUGGAAACACAAUGUUGCACGUUAGCGCGGAAGAAGGAAAUCUGGAGACAACAAAGUUUUACAUUUACCUCGCACAUUUAUCCGCUAACAAUAGAAAUAGAAAAUUUCAAACUCCUUUGCACUUGACAGAAGAUGCAGAGAUUGUGACGCUACUUCUUCCUCUUUAUCCCUCAGUGAAUGUUCUCGAUUAUAAGCAACAAACUCCUAUGGAUAGAUGUGCAAAGAGAGAUGAUUUGGAGGCCAUGAAGUUGUUACUCCUUCGCACUCGGACAUAUGACGAACAUCACAUCAGGCUGAACACAACGCUUCAUGAGGCUUCUGCCUCUCUUUCCCUUAAAGCUGUGACGUUUCUUGUACCUCACACAAGUGCGCACGUGCUUAACCGCAAUGGAGAAACGUGCUUAGACGUUGCUAGGACAAGUUGGAAAUAUCUGUCGAGUUCGGAGUCCAACGUUGUCAGGUGUCUCAUCCCACACUUGCUCGUAAACUCACCUGAAACUUUCGGCUCAUCACCGUUGUACGUCUGGGCGGAACGUGGUGGAACGAAAGUGAUGGAAACUCUAUGGCCUUAUUUGCGACACAGUGACCCUAGGCAUGCACAGAGGAUCAGCAGAAGCUCGGUGGAUGUGCGGGUGAACGAGGAUUUCCAACAAGAAAUUUCGUGUCUGAAACUUCUCUUCCUCCAUUUAGAUGUCAUCGCUGGUGAUCCUGAUAGCCGCAAACUGCUACAUGAUAUGGCCAAGGACAAGCUACGUAAGAUAAAAGAAGAAAAUAUCAUUAAUUACAUGAAGCUGUUACUGCCGCAUUUAAAUCUCAGUGAGCAGGAUUAUGUAGAACGUGGAGUAAAAAAUGAGGACAUCGUUACCUUACAUCGGGGAUGGUCGCACGUGAAUAACACCGAUGAUCUCCACAUUGACGAUGUCAACGCGGAAAUGAUCGACGACGAUGGCAAUAUCAAGUUGCUAAUAGAAGCAGAGGAAGGAAAUGUGGAAGCUGUUAAGAUCCACCUCUCCCAUUCAUCCGUGUGCUUUACAGAUGAAGAAGAGAACACUGCAUUGCACUUGAGCGCGUCGAACGGACACACAAAUGUGGUGAAGCUUCUCAUUCCUCUUUAUACAUCAGUGGAAGUGAUCAAUGUGGAUCGAGAGACACCCAUGCAUGUGUGCGCCUUUGAAGGACACCUGGACGUUGUAAAGUUAUUAUUACUCCGCUCUAGAAUGAGUUCCCGUGACGAGGAUGGAAGGACACCUCUUCACUUCGCCUGUAAAAGUGGUGCCGUUGAUAUCGUGAACUUCCUUCUUCCCCACUCAUUCCCUAAUAUGCGCGACAUGUUCGGUUCCACGUGCUGCGCUUUUUCCGCUGGAAGAAGCAAAAUGAAUGUUCUGAGAUGCCUCAUCCCACACUCUCUUAUGGACUGUCCUAAUUGGAUAGGCUAUUCACCAACGCGAACCUGUGCAAGUCGUUAUAUGAGAGAAGAGCUGGUGACAUUAUUGCCAUAUUGUUGUGAUUAUGACGCUGCGAGUUUAUUGACGCCUCCCCUGUUGUCAUUUUAUAAGGACGGUAUCAGUAUGAUAAGUACGCCUUGUCUGAAACUUAUGCUUCUCCACUCAAAUGUCAGGGUAGUAGACUACUGUUUCCUUGAAACACUCCACGACGUUGAAAACUCUUACGACGAAGACUCUGAUACAGAGAGUGAUCUAUCCCGGAGUCUAGAAGAGACUUGCAGUGAAGACUCUGAUGCAGAAAGUGAUCUAUCCUCGAGUCUAGAAGAGACUUCCGUUGAAGACUCUGAUGCAGAGAGUGAUCUAUCCUCGAGUCUAGAAGAGACCAAGAGAUCACUACUCCUGAAUUAUAUUUCUUUCCUGCUUCCUUAUACAAAUGUUUCUGCUAAGGAUGGUGAAGGCAAGGAACUGUUAGAAGCCCUCCAAAGCAGACAGGAUCCCGAAUUGGUUAGCUUCCUCCAGAAAUGGCUCGCAUGAGUGACUUUCAUUCAUGAUGCAGACAAUUGUUGGCAACGGUUGUGGUUAAGCACUAAGUGGCACCGAGUGGCUUUUAAUAUCAGUAUACUGAGUCCUUGCCUUCAUCCGAUAAAGCACAAAUAUUAGCCAGAGUAAAAAAUGAAACAAAAAAUCA